UUUGACGUACGUGUCGAUCGAGUGGUUUCAGACGGGAGCGCAACCUUGACCCGUGGUAUCGGAAAGCGCCGAAGAUAACUGCUGAGUGACGGUCAUAUAGCUGUGAGGAAUCUAGUGGUUCUGUAGCCCAAGGCGUUUGUACGAGUGAUCGCUGCGCCAUUAAAAUUGAGUUGGCACUAAGUAGGACCUUCAGUAGGCGUAUGAGGGCAUUUAGCUGACAUUUUUAUCCAGAGCGACUUACAAUUAUGACUGAGUACAACUGGAGCAAUUGACUCCAAUUACAAGUGAAGUACCUUGGCAGGGGUGGAGCUUGAACAAGCAGCCUUCCGAUUACAAGUCUAGUACUUUAAUCACUGAGCUACCACUACCCUUGUAUGUAGUUAGGUACAUUGGUUUAAUGAUUAUGGAAUCACAUGCAGCUUUUUCUGCAAUACAAUGCACUGUCCUCUUAAACGCUAGUGGUUUUAAAUAGGUUUUUUCACCUUCUAACAUGCCACAUUUUUAAGGGGUGUGUACCAUCAACGAAUGGGCCAUUAAUUCAGCUUUCACUUAAAUUCGUGAAGGCAAUCUAUUGAUACCACCAAACAGUCGCAUGCAAAAAAGAGGAGAAAAUCCUGCUAUAGGUUCUGCAACAUUGUUUUUAACACUCAAGACCGUGAAAAUAUCAGUUCCUGUUAGUUCCAGAUGCUUAGUGGCGUACUUGGGGCCCUAGAGGGGAACUUCUACAGCUUAGAGGCAUAGGAAAUCAGGUUGUCAUGUCCGAUGAGAAGGAGAAGCGGAGGGGAUGCUCCAGCUGCUGUUAGCAGUGCUGGUAUUCCUAACUGAGGUCACCGGGAGGUGAAGCAGUGAGGGCCGUUUACACUGUAAGGCUGGGUUGUCAGCCAUGCUGCUCUAGCACAGUGCAUGAAAUGCAGAUGGAGCCUGAUCUGGAUCCUGUCAUUCUGGUUAUGUCGUUCUCGGGGCUACUGGCAUGAUGUCAUUGAUAGUGGCAGUCGGUGCUCUGUACAGGGCAGUGUAAUGGAAGUGUAAUGUGUCACUCAUAUCGGUUGGCCGUAUCAUGGCGCUUGCUUCUGUGUUACCAUCUAGGUUAGUGUCAGCGUCAGAUGUGCCCACCGGAAAGUCCGCUACAUGUCAUCUUGUGUCAGCACGUUCCAUCUACACUGAUUCUGCAGUCUUGCAGUGCAUUUAAGCUCUGCCUCCUGCUUGAUAUCGUUUCGCAAUACUAAAUUGGAGAAGGAGAAAUGCUACAGUGAUCCUUAAAGUGAAUGUCUGACUUAGUUGACCUUUUAGCCAGCCCGUCAGGCUGUGAGGUUCCAGCAUAAGUCUUAGUGAAUAUGCCCUGUAGGGCCCUGCUAUGAUAGUGUCCUGAAGGCUGCACACUGAUCUGUGGCCUUUCAUUGUGGAGGUCCAUUUGUGCAGGGUGAAUUACAUUUAUACUCUGUUUCAUUCUGCGUCACAACUGAAGAGCACGUAGAGUAUAUUUUACUGCAGUCGGGUCUGUAAGUCAGAGUUCAGUAUCUUAUUUCAGUUUGGCAUUAGUCACUAAUGUCUUUAUCUCAAGAUAUUACUACUAAAUUAUUACAUUAAAUAUUAAAUUAUUACAGUGUAUUAGGCCUAAUCAGGUUGUCAGUGUUAACAUAUUUUUAACUUGUGGUUUUAGGGCAUGAUUUUCACUAAACAAGGCUUUCCCCCAAAAUCAUAGAGAAGGGUGUUUAAACACAAUAUGCAAACCUGCCCACUCCCAGUUCUGAGGUUGUAAAAUAUUCCCAGCUAGCUGAGGUUGACAUAGAAAAAAAAAUAGACUCAUAUUGAGAAGUACUAUAAUCUAGUCUAAUACAAUAUUUUAAUGUCAACACAGGUUGCAGAUAAACACGCACUCUAGAAAUUUAUCAGUUGAGUGAAAUAGCUAAAAAUAAAUUGUUCAGAACUGUAAUGCACAGUUAUGGCAUUGCAUAAUAAUCACCUGUAACCCGUAAAGCCAAAAAACCCCAAAACAAGCAAAUACAAAAUCAGGCUCAUCUCAUUAGGGGUCUGAAGCUGGACGUCUACUGGUGAGAGUAAUCACAUCUGAACAGCGCUACAGGGGCAAAAGGCUGUCCUGCUAUGCCCAAGCUGCAGAGCCUCCACCUAUUAUCGGAGGGUCUUGAUUGCGUCUCCACGAAGGCAAAGUGAUCAAAGACAGGAGGCAUCAUCUGCGCACAUACCCAAACUGCUUUGUGGCCAAGGAGCUCAUCGACUGGCUGAUAGAGCAUAAGGAGGCCCCAGAGAGGGACACAGCUAUCAGGAUCAUGCAGAAGCUGCUGGACCAGAGCAUCAUCCAUCAUGUUUGCGAUGAGCACAGGGAGUUUAAAGAUAUGAAGCUGUUUUAUCGUUUCCGAAAGGACGACGGCACUUUUCCUCUGGACAGCGAGGCCAAGGUCUUCAUGAGGGGCCAACGGAUAUAUGAGAAGUUGAUGAACUCUGAAAACAACCUGAUUCAGACUCGGGAGGAGGAAGGCGUUGCCUAUGAGCGGACGCUGGUGGCCUCAGAAUUUGUUGAUUGGCUCUUGCAAGAGGGGGAGAUCGCCAGUAGGGAGGAGGCGGAGCAACUUGGGCGGAGACUGCUGGAACAUGGCAUCAUACAGCAUGUCUCCAGCAAGCACCACUUUUCCGACAGCGGCCUCCUCUUCCAGUUCCGCAUGAACUUCCGGCGGCGGCGGCGACUCUUGGAGCUACUGAGUGAGCGUGGCCGGGUGAUCCCGGAGAGCCAGGACAGUCCCUUCUGCCUGCGCAAGCAGCCCGCCGAGGGUGGCAACAGCAGCUUCCUGUCCGUGAGUCCCACUAAAGAGAUUCGGGUGGUGUCGGCAGUGAGGCGCGGCAGUAUGAGCAGCAGUUGUGGUAGCAGCGGCUACUACAGCAGCAGCCCCACCCUGAGCAGCAGUCCUCCUGUACUCUGCAACCCCAAGUCUGUGUUAAAGAGACAAGUUAGCCCGGAGGAGCUGCAGUCACAUGGAGGGCCCUUUAUGAAGAAAACAUUCACUAUCGUAGGUGAUGCGGUGGGCUGGGGCUUUGUGGUGAGGGGAAGUAAACCCUGCCACAUCCAGGCUGUUGACCCCGGUGGACCCGCAGCUGCGGCUGGGAUGAAGGUGUGUCAGUUUGUGGUUUCGGUCAAUGGACUCAACGUGCUAAAUCUCGACUACAGGACUGUGAGCAACCUAAUUCUCACAGGACCCAGGACUGUGGUCAUGGAAGUCAUGGAGGAGAUGGAAUACUGAAGACACGUUCUUGCUCCUCCUCACCCUCCCAUUCAUUCUCUCUCACUUGUUUUUUUCGAUCUCUCUCUUUGCUAGACAUCAUAGUGUCAGUGAGGGCCCUUGGUUGAACUCUUUGUAGUGGAGUCUUCAGCAGAAUGCUCUAGAGUUACAGGCCCAUUUGUUUGACAACCGCAUCAUUGCUGUUUGUCAAGUCAUCAGCUCCAUCAACAGACUGAGCAGAUCCUGACAUCUCUCGUUCAGCCCCCAAAGACUCAUCACUAUCUGUGAUGACUUUAAAACAAGCCCCUGUGUCAGCAGGGAAGGACAUUUCUUGUGGAACCCAUGCCAGACCUGUUGAUUUGUGGCAUUCAUGCAGUAGACAGGAGCUUCAUUCUCCUCUUUUGCUGGUCAGUUCGGUUCCUCAUUCAUGGAUUGAAAGAGGUUAUAGCCAGCUGCGCAAGGCUGGGAACAAUUGACUAUUGUGAGGCAGUGGUACAGUGUAGCCAAGCAUAGAGAGCAAUUUGGUGGUUUGCUGAUUCCAGACAUUUUCCCAAUGAAACGUCAGUAGGUCAUAUCCUGAGACACCAGUGCAUUUUAGUCAGGAAUCUAUGGGGGUGUCCUUUAAUUCUGUACUGCCAGAAACUUGUUGGUAUGCACAUUGUUUACACUUUAACAAAGAAAAAAAAAUGUUCAUGACUAAAAUAACUAUAGUACUUAGGAUUUACAUAUGAUUUAAUCUAUAGGUGUCUUACUGAAAGUUAAGGACUCGUUGCCCAUUUAAUCAUUGAAUUAAACCAUUACACUUAACUAAUUUCUACAUCUUGUAGAAAUGUCUGACAUGCAACUGGAAGACAGUCUUGUAGUACUCUAUAUAAGCAGAAGAGCUUAGUUACUGAUAGUAUUGUCCUAAACACAAAUUAAUCUAGCCAAAUAAAUAAGUUGCAUAUAAAUAGAAGAGAGCCAUAUUGUCUAAUGUGUGUAAUAUUCUAAAAGUUGACAACAGCAAUAAUAGCAAAAACAGUAUUUAAAGCCACUCGACACAGAAUGCAAUUAUCAAAAGGAUCAUUUUAUGUGUAGAAAAUGAAAUCUAAAAGGUAUGUAGUGCUAAAUGUGUGAAGCAAUCCCGUGCAUGAGGGUUCGUGUAAGCUGUAUAAAUAGUGCUUGCUAGCAGGCGGGAGUCCUUUGCUGAGGACAGAGUACCAUUCAUACAUACAGAACACUAGGGGGCUCCACUGGAGACAGACAUAGUGCUGUCCACUGAAUCUCCACUGCCAGGCCAUAUUACUGCCAUCUUCUUCAUGCCUUACUUUGAACUUUGGGGUAAUUUGCAAGGCGACAUGUGAAGUCAAAACAGACUGGUUUCACAUAUCCUUACUGCCCCCAACACGGCCGAUGGCCUCCUGACACCCUCCACUCAUCCCCGCUGUGCGUCCCGCUCUCUCUCUCUGUAGUUCUCCAUGGUGUAGGUGCUUGAUAUAGUGCUGACAAUCAGCGUUCCGUUAUUUGGGAUAAUCUCUCUGCACCAGCAGGCUGCUAUCUGCCGUGAGGCCCCAGGCACAGGACUGUGUAAACUGAAAAAAAAAAAUCACGUGAUGUUAGUUGUGCUUUAUGAUCAAAUGAGAGAAUAUGAAGCCAGGGGAUGUGGAGAUAUAUAGCACUUACUGCUUUACA